CGAACGCGCACACUCGCAGAUACACUCACAUCAAUCGUCAACCAGCCAACACCACCAGCACCAGCCAUGAGCUUGGUUGAUUACUCGUCGAGCAGUGAUGAGGACACGGACGCCCCCAGCGUCAAGAUGCCCAAGACACUCAACGCUGCCCCGCACGUUCCUUCCCGCGCUGCGGACUCAUCGCUGAUCCACAUUCAUCCCGACAAGAAGGAGAUUGCGUACAACCCCAAGUACGACGAGCUGUACGCCCCACAGGUUGGCCCUGCCAAUGUCUUCAAAUCCCCAGGCCAGCAGAUGAAGAAGAACACGUUCACAGGAUACAUCGAAGAAGGCGACAUGAGCGCUUUCCAGUUUGAUAACCAGCGCCUGACAUUCCAAAGCAUGGGCUACGCUGUGGACCCCAGCGUCUCAACACACGUCGCAUCGCAGCGGUUCAUUGGUGAUGUGUCAAGUGCAUCCGCCAAGCAAGGCGCGACGUUGGCAACGGGGCAGGCGUCACGCUCCCGCCGCCGCCGCAAGAAGAAGGGCAACCCAGGCGAUAUCGACGACUACAUGGGCCCCUGGGCGGACUUUGAGGGCGAGACACGCGUUGCAAAGCCGUCUGAGGAGCAGAUGGCUGUGCUUGAUGAGUACGCGAAGAAGCGCAAGGGCGAACAGGGCGACGCGAGCCUUGAUGAGGCCCAAAAGGCAAAGAAGGAGGCAAAGGAACACUCCACCCUCCACAUCAAGGACGCGUACGACUACCAGGGCCGCUCCUUCCUCCAUCCACCGCAACACGAGGGCAUCAAGUAUGGCGAGGCGCCAGCCAAGUGCUUCCUUCCAAAGAAACUCAUCCACACGUGGCCGGGGCACCCCAAGGGUGUUGCUGCCAUUCGCUUCUUCCCCGUGUCGGCGCACCUCCUGCUGUCUGCGGGCAUGGACGGGAAGAUCAAGCUGUGGGAGGUGUAUGGCCAGCGCAGGCUCAUCCGCACAUACCACGGCCACACAGCGGGUGUGCGCGACAUUGCCUUCAACAACGACGGCACGCGCUUCCUCAGCUGCGGAUACGAUAAGCUCAUUCGCCUGUGGGACACGGAGACGGGCGAGUGUCUCGGGCACUUCACCAACCGCCACGUUCCAUAUUGCGUCAAGUUCCACCCGAGCGAAGACAAGCAGCAUCUCUUUGUUGCCGGCACAUCGGACAAGAAAAUCAUCUGCUGGGACACCAACACUGGCGAUAUUGUCCAGGAAUACGACAGGCAUCUUGGCGCGGUGAACACGAUCACGUUUGUGGAGGAAGGCCGACGCAUGGUGACCACCUCCGACGACAAGUCGAUGCGCGUGUGGGAGUGGGACAUCCCUGUGGACAUCAAGUACAUUGCAGAUCCGUCCAUGCACUCGAUGCCCUCCGUUGCCGUCCACCCCAACGGCAAGUACAUGGUUGCGCAGAGUUUGGACAACCAGAUGCUCGUGUUUGGCGCGCGGGAUCGCUUCCGCCAGAAUCGCAAGAAGAUCUUCAAGGGUCACGUUAUUGCUGGGUACGCGUGCGGGGUGCACUUCUCGCCCGACGGGACAUACGUUGUCAGCGGCGAUGCGUACGGCAACUUGUGCAUCUGGGACUGGCGCACCACGAAGCUCUACACAAAGCUCAAGGCGCACGACAAGGUGUGCAUCGACGUGGCGUGGAACCCGAACGAGACCUCCAAGGUCGCCACCGCCAGCUGGGACGGAUCAAUCAAGUAUUGGGACUGAGCCAAGCACCACGGAUCAUGCACACGCAGAACAUAGAGCAUUUACAGCAAAUGCACACGCAUUUCACAUGUGGUUGUGCAAGCACAUACGCGUUGUUUUUGUUGUUGCUGUGGGGUGUUACACUUUGUAGGGCCGUGGGUUGUAUUGGUGGGUGGUGUGGUGUCACGUGUGUACGGUUGACUGUGGGCGAAAACAUGCAUGUGUGGGUGAAUCCUUCUACUUUUGUGUUGUUGCUGCUGUUGUUGACGACACUGCGUCCUCAUGUGGCUGUUGUUGUUGUUGUUGUUGUUGUUGUUGUUGUUGCUGGUUGUGGUGGCUCUGCUCACUGCUGUCGUAUGACUCUGGCUGGGGUGAAUGAACGAAUGAAUGUGCGAGCAAAA